AUGGUAUACGUGAAAUCGUUGCUCCGACGAGCCGACAAUUUCAUGUAUAUUGUGAAAAAGAGUGCCGAGGCGAAAAAGGCGCUCUUGGUGGAUUUGGUGAACGAGGAAAACUAUGGAGAACUGGCCAGAAAUGAGGGAGUGAGUUGGUUUUAGCGAUUUUAACAGUAUAAAAAUAGUCCCGUUUUUUUAAAGCAAAAAUCGAUAUUUUGCAGAUCGAAAUCUCGGGAGUGCUAACCACCCAUCACCACUACGACCAUUGCGGCGGAAAUGAGCGAUUCCGCCGCGAGUUCCCGAAAAUUGCGAUUUUUGGCGGCGAUCAACGCAUUCCGGGCGUCGACAAUCACGUGAAACACGGAGACGCGCACGAAUUGGCCGAUUUGAAGGUGCAGGCAAUUUUGCGUCAGAACAUUCAAAAAAAGAAACGGGGUUUUUUUUGCAGAUCGAAUGCCUAUCGACUCCGUGCCAUACAAGCGGUCACAUCUGCUACUACGUCACGGAUCCGAGUUCGGAAGAAAGCGUGGGCGUCGUGUUCACGGGCGACACGCUCUUCAUCGCCGGCUGCGGACGCUUCUUUGAAGGGACCGCCCCGCAAAUGGACACGGCCCUCAACUCGGUCCUUUCGGCCCUUCCGAAUGCCACGUGGAUCUAUCCGGGACACGAGUACACGGCCGCCAAUCUCAAAUUUGCCGCCCACGUGGAACCGGCGAAUCGGAAAGUGCAGAAAAAGUUGGAAUGGGCUUUGGAAAGGACGAAGAAUGGAGAAUUCACGGUGCCCAGCACGAUUUUGGAGGAGAAGGAGACAAAUCCGUUCAUGAGAGUGCGAGAAUCGAAGGAGAUUCGAGAGAAAGUGGGAGCCGAGGAUCCGAUUGAGGGAAUGCAGAAAUUGAGAGAUUUGAAGAAUCAUUUUUAG